AACUUCAUCUUCAGCUUCAGAAACAGCCUAGUGGCUGAUGCAUACAUGAGGCUCUGCACAGAAUUCAACAGAUGGGAAUGGGAUUUCAAAAAAGAGAUAUACACAUGGGUUACAAAUGCUGAAACAAUCAUUUCAAAUUUUGGUACAGUUGCUGCAAAAUCUGGAAUAUCUGACAUGAGAGAACUUCUCAUGGGUUUGAAAAGUGAAGCUUGUGAAGUUGUGUCAAAAUGGGAGACAACACUUCUUGACAAUCUGACUGAGUACUUCAAGCAAAAAGAUGGUCAUGUUUAUCUGGUAGAAGGAUACAAAGCAGAGUUUGAAAACAGUGCAAAAAGCCUUGGCCAAGAAAUGAAGAGGUCUGUGUUUCGUCAGCUGGAAGAAACAGCUGACAUCAGACAGGGAAAGGCAGAAGUUGAUAAAAUCAAGGAGAAUCACACAAAAAACAUUGAAACAGAGGUGCAUGCACUGAUUAAUGAAUGUCGGAAGAAAAAGGUCCAAAUGACAGACAGAGAGCUGAACAAAGAAUUUGAUAAGAUGUGGCAUGAAACACUGAAGAAACUGUCUGUUUCUAAACAAAAGCCAAAAGAUGUUUUUGCUCAUGUGUACAAUCCCCUGCACCAAAAUCUGUCUCAUAAGGGGAGUCGUGCAUCUGAACUGUUAAGUCAAAAAUGCCUGAAAGAUUGCGGACUGGAACCUUUCAAAUAUAAACCUGAAGGAAUCAUACACCAUGUGAAAAAGUUUCUUAACCUUGAUGCUCACACAAAGGCAGUACAAACAAUGGCUGACAGCAUCAUAGAUGCUUGCACACAAUUUGUAACUGAAAAACUGGAAAAGAAAACCGAUUACUAUGAAAACUACAUCCAGGAGAUCCUACACAUGAUUGAUGAGAAGUUGCAAAACAAUCAGGAUGUUAAG